GCGGAGGUACCGGGGCUGCUGUGCUGGGCGCUCCUGCCCAGCCCGGGCGGUGCGGCGCUGCCGUGGUCUGGGCUCGCCCCGGGCCGGGGGAGGGCCCCUGCGGGGGCGCAGCUGCCGCUGGCCCGGGCGGGUGUGGGUCCUGACAUGUGCUCCCUUCUCGCAGGCUCCGGCUGACCGCGGGGCGCGGGGCGAGCCGCGGCGGGGCUGGGCUGUGCCGGCGCUGCCCCCGGCGCUGUAGGGCCCAGCGUUUGCUAUCUCUGCGAAGCUACAAGCGGCAGAUGCUCGGAGGAGAUGCCUACGUAACACACGUUGCCAGCAAUUGUACUAAAUACUUUGCUGCUGAACCAGUUACUCAGGUACCCAGCCUGUCUCUGUUGCUAUGGGAGAUUGGAAGACUGUUACUGUGCCGGUGCUGUCACCAGAUAGCAAAAAUACACUUCCAUAUACCUCAGAAAGAAAGAGAUCUCCUACAAGCAUGAGCUCACAAGUGCUACGCGUGUCACUGCCUUCAUCCAAAAACAUGCACAGCUUUUUCGGUGCCUUCUGCACAGAAGAGAAUAUUGAACAGAGUAUAUCCUAUAUUGAUAGGGAAUUGACAACAUUGGGAUUUCCUUCCAUUUAUGCAGAGUCCAGAGGAAAAGAAUUAAAUUUAAUAUCUAUCAUAAAUUGCAUGAAUGGAUUGCUUGUACUGCAGCACAAGAACCUUCGAGCUCAGGAAGAAGUAGAAAUGCAGCAUCUGAAACUGGGAAGUGAUAUGGAUCACUUACAGAACUGCUAUGCUAAGUUAAAGGAACAGUUGGAAUUAUCUAAAAGGGAAGUAGUUGGGCUUCAGGAAAGAGACAGACAACUGCAAAGCAAGAACAGAAAUUUGCACCAGUUACUUAAAAAUGAAAAGGAUGAAGUCCAGAAGUUGCAGAACAUAAUUUCAAGUAGAGCUACACAAUACAAUCAUGAUAUGAAGAGGAAGGAGAGAGAAUAUAACAAAUUAAAGGAACGCUUACAUCAGUUAGUCAUGAAUAAAAAAGACAAAAAGUUAGCUAUGGAAGUUCUAAAUUAUGUUGGUAGAGCUGAUGGGAAGAGAGGUGCAUGGAGGACUGAUAAGACAGAAGCCAGAAAUGAAGAAGAAAUGUACAAAGUUCUGUUAAGUGAUUAUGAACAACGCCAAAAACAGCUUUUACUGGAAAAUGCUGAGCUAAAGAAAGUUCUUCAGCAAAUGAAGAAAGAUAUUAUUUCACUUCUUCCACCACAGAAACAAAAACCUAAAGAAAGAUCUGAAGAUGGGCUGGUGCUGUCAGACCAGGAGGAAGAUAUUGGAGAAUUAAAUAAAGAGAAUAUGUGGGAAUUAUCUUGUGAAACUGUGAGAGAACAGCUUACCAACAGCAUUAGAAAACAGUGGCGAAUAUUGAAAAAUCACGUUGAAAAGCUGGAUAACCAAGUGUCACGUGGACAUUCAGGAGUUUUGAAUGAAAAAGAUGUCAUUUCAAGAGCAGACCAUGAGCUAGAAACUGAAAAGCUAGAGUUAGAGAUUCAACAAUGUAAAGAAAUGAUCAAAACUCAGCAACAGCUUUUACAGCAACAGCUUACGUGUGAUGAUGAUGACACCACUCUGUUACUACAAGACUGCUAUUUGUUGGAAGAAAGAGAGCGUCUUCAGGAAGAAUGGAGACUAUUUCGAGAACAAAAAAAGAAUUUUGAGAAGGAACGAAAAAGUUUUACAGAAGCUGCUAUUAGAUUAGGACUUGAGAGAAAGGCAUUUGAAGAAGAUAGAGGAGCAUGGCUGAAGCACCAGUUCUUAACUAUGACUGCUGAUUGCAAGUCUGAAAAUGUGACAACUCCAAGUGCCUUCUUAAGAAGUUCUGACCCAGAUGUUUGUUUAGUGAAGUCUGCAUCUCGGCAAAAAAAAACUCCCUCUGUGUUAAGUCCUACUGUUUCACCAGAACCGUGCCAGAUAGCUCAGUAUAUUACACAAAACAGCAUUGCAUCAGAAAAACCUGCUGCACAUAACAUGCCAAAUCUGUGUGUGGAAAGUGAUGACAAAGAAGAAACUGAAGAAUGCACAAAGUCAUGGGAAGACUCUGGAGUUGGCACUCUGCUGUGCAGAAACUUGCUCAUGGAACAGCUGCCUUAGACUUCUAGGGUUGCCUGCUGGGAUUUUUGUUAGAGACUUGUUCAUAAACUUAUCAUUCUAAAUGAAACAGAAUGCUGUGAGUUUGAUCAUUCUUCUAGAGGAUUAUGUGGUGAUCUGAAUUGUGGUGUGUUUCUGUGUGUGCACAUGGCUUUUAUUUUUUAGACCACUUUUUGCCUCUUUCUUGCAACUCUUGAAAGAAAACUUAAAAAUAUAUAAAAGCUUUGAUAUUUUUCUAGUAACAGAAGCUCUAAUUCUGUGAAUAAAGCAAUGGUCUGAAACUUUGACUGUAAUGAAAUACUGGAUCCUAAUGUUACCUUUCAUCACAGGCAGAGAUAGCACUUUUAGAAAUUGUUUAAUUAUUGGAAACAUUCAUUUAUGUCUCAAGUGUAACUGGCAUUAAAUCCUCUUUUGCCUCGACUUGAAUGUAAAGUAUACUGUAGAUUUUUAACAAAACAGGUUCUAUAUUUAUUGUGUGAUUUGAAAAUACCUCUUUGAUAUAUUAAUGAUUUAAAGUGCAAAAUCUUUAUAUAUUUGUAAAUAGAACAAGUGGUUAUGCUGAGAAACCAUGAAAUGAAACAUGCAUACAUAAAUAUUAUUUUACAUGGCAUUUUAAAUUGUUUUAUAGUGAUACUCAGUUUACAGAUCCAUUAGGGCUUUCAAUGGUUCAGUCAGGAACCAAAGUAUUUCAAAUGUGAACAAUAAACGUG